UGGCCUUCGUCUUCCAAUAGUUGCCAUCAUCGCUGCUCGUAUAGACUCCUGGAAUGACGUGAAUGUCGGAAACUUUGCGAGAACGGCAACCAUUUACAUAAUCUGGACGGUGUCGCAAAUCAAUUUCUCCAUCAUCUCGACCACACUGCCGAUUCUUCGACCCUUCAUCAAGGAUCUCACGACUUUCUAUGGAGCUCUUCGACCGAGUGAGUACAGCGGCAGCGACUAUCGCGCGCGCUCAAACUCCUUCCCUCUUUCUACGUUCAAGACAAAACGAUCUGAUGGAAGCUACGGGACGGGGAAAGGCAGUGGUAACUCUCGCCACCACGGAUCAUCCACGAAAACCAAAGAUUCUGAUGCUUUGGACUUUGGACUUCCCAUGCAUGGACUUGAAGGGACCACCCGUACUGAGAUAGAAGCACGAGAUGCUGGCCCAUGUGGCGGUAACAUGAGGAUGUCAGAUAAUAGCUUGGAGACAAGCAGCAGUCAAAGGAUGAUAAUCAGGGUGGAUACGGAAUGGGAGGUCUCACGAGAGGACUCCAAUUGAGAGCGUUUAGGCCAGAAAUGUUAGCAGUCUUUUCACGG